CUGAUUUUUCCCCCCUUUUUCUCUAGCGGUUUGCACUGAUACUUACUGAAGCUGUUGCCUCCAUUAAUUUGCCAGCAGAAAUUAUUGACAUGCAAGAUUAUGAUCCAGAUGACUGUCUCAUAGAUGAGAUCAGCAGCCAGAAUAUCUGCGUGUUCUUAGUUGCCACUUACACUGAGGGCAAACCCACGGAGAAUGCUGCGUGGUUCUGCAAGUGGCUGGAAGAGGCAGCCAAUGACUUCAGAGUUGGCAAGGCAUAUCUGAAGGGCUUGCGAUACGCUGUCUUUGGUUUGGGAAAUUCAGUGUAUGCUGACCACUUCAACACUGUAAGCAGGAAUGUUGACAAGUGGCUGUGGAUGCUGGGUGCUCGACGCAUUCUAUCGUGUGCCCGAGGGGACAGCAAUGUGGUAAAGAGCCAGCAUGGAAGCAUUGAGGCUGAUUUUGAGGCUUGGAAGGCCAAGUUGCUCACGAGGCUUCAAGCUCUUCGCAAGGGGGAGCAGAAGGCCUGUAGUGGGAGAUGCAAGAAAGGGCGAUGUAGAUCCAAACCAAAAGUGAACCAAGAAGCAAAAGAGCAAGAGACCUCAAAGCAUGAGGAGAAAGAAGAAGAGGAUUUAUUUGAAACUACAAGUGAGGAGGAAUCUGAUACAGAGAAUGGCAGAGGUGCAGAUCAGGUUGUGGAUGUUGAAGAUCUGGGCAAGGUGAUGGGCCACAUGAAGAAAUCUCAGAGAGAGCAUCAACCUGACGGAGAGGUUCCCAGGGGGACUGGAACCCAACAUGGCAGAGGGGAGGAUGAGAGGAGAGAGAUGAUCACCCCAGCUCUUCGUGAUGCACUCACAAAGCAAGGUUAUAGAUUAAUUGGGAGCCAUUCUGGAGUGAAACUUUGCCGUUGGACAAAGUCGAUGCUUCGUGGCAGAGGAGGCUGUUACAAGCAUACCUUUUAUGGCAUCGAAAGCCACCGCUGUAUGGAGACAACACCCAGCUUGGCUUGUGCUAAUAAAUGUGUCUUCUGUUGGAGACACCACACAAAUCCUGUAGGCACAGAGUGGCGAUGGAAGAUGGACCAGCCAGAGAUGAUCUUGCAGGAAGCUAUUGAGAACCAUCAGAACUUGAUCAAGCAAUUUAAAGGGGUCCCUGGAGUGAGAGAUGAUCGCUUCAAAGAAGGGAUGGAGGCCAAGCAUUGUGCACUGUCCCUUGUGGGGGAGCCAAUCAUGUACCCCCAAAUCAACCAGUUCCUAAAGCUGCUGCAUCAUCACAACAUUUCAAGCUUCUUGGUUACCAAUGCGCAGUUUCCAGAGGAAAUUAGGAAUCUCCAGCCUGUCACUCAGCUCUAUGUCAGUGUGGAUGCCAGCACCAAAGACAGUCUGAAGAAGAUCGAUCGACCUCUCUUUAAAGACUUUUGGCAGCGGUUCCUAGAUAGCUUGCAAGCCUUAGCUGAAAAGCAACAGCGCACUGUAUACAGGUUGACACUGGUGAAAGCGUGGAACGUGGAUGAGCUGAAAGCUUAUUCAGACUUGGUGUCUCUUGGCAAGCCAGAUUUCAUAGAAGUUAAGGGUGUGACAUACUGUGGGGAAAGUUCAGCCAGUAGCCUUACAAUGGCCAACGUCCCUUGGCAUGAAGAAGUGAAGCGUUUUGUGCAAGAGCUGGUUGACCUCCUUCCAGACUAUGAAAUUGCCAGCGAACACGAGCACUCCAACUGUCUCCUGAUUGCCCACAAGAAGUUCAAGAUUGAGGGGAAAUGGCACACCUGGAUUGACUAUGAUCGCUUUCAAGAAUUGGUCCAUGAAUAUGAACAGAGUGGAGGAGUCAAAACAUUCACUUCUGCUGAUUACGUAGCACUAACUCCUCCUUGGGCAGUGUUUGGAGCUAAGGAAAGAGGCUUUGAUCCAAUGGACACAAGAUUUCAACGAAAAAACAAAAUAAAGGACAUCUCAGGAUGCUGACAGCUUUAAAAUUGGACCAUUUUUAAAGCUAGAGCUUAGAGAGAAUGUUUGGUAUGUACAUCGUCAGAAAUCUUUGCAUAAAACUUGAGACUCCAUUUGUCCUGGGGCUAUCCAAAGUGUUUUUUCUUUUGUUUGCCAAAAAGAAAAUGGUAAGUAAUAUGCUUUUUGAAAAGGCAGGUAGAUGCUGUUAAUUUAUCAUUCUCAUCUCUCUCAGGGAGUGUGAGGUAAUUUCACUUUCCACCCAUAUGUGUCCUUCAUAUUGUUCCACUUCUCAUACUCUCAUUCUGAUCCCAGCUCCACACUUUCUGUAGUCCCCUCAGCAUCUGUGUGGGUAUGGCCCACAUUUUGUAGCCUAUUUUUGGUGGGUGAGGGACAGCUAACACCUCCCCUAAAAAUAAAUAGCCAAAAUGUUUUCCCCAACGUUCAUGUGGCAUGAUCAGCUGUACCCCCUGCAGCCCUUCAAGGCCCACCCAAAUAAAAAAAAUGCAUCCUGUUUUCCUAAUUGAAGCUUUUCUUGAGAUCAGCAAUCUAUCUGGGAUGGCCUAAGCCAUGUCUGUGGACUCCAGAAAUAAAACAAUUUUUUAAAUUUUAUUCAGUGAAAGUACCUGAAAAGGUUGUUAAGUCGUGCAAAACUGGAAUGGGGGUUCCCUGUUUCUCUGAAUAUCUGUGGCAACAAUCCUGUGCUGCCUGGCCAUCUAGAAAUGUUUGAAAAGAUUUGCAGCAACUGUGGCCCAAUGGUGUGGGCAAGCCUAUAUAGGUUGUUCAUUCUGGCAGAGAUUUAACUACAGUAAAUUAAAAACAAAAAGCAUCCUAUCUCUUGGUGUGUGGAUAUUUUUUAUCCUAUUUGUGAAUAGGAUAAAUAGAAUCACUCUAGGAUUGAGGCCUGUAUCUAUAUUUUUUUCAGUGUUUCUCAUGGAUCCAUCAAUGUGGUGUUAACUUCUGGAUUGCUUUGUUAAAAUUAUUUGCAUUUUCAAAUGCAAUUAACAUUAUCUUCCUUAAUAAUUUCUGCCCUAAUUAGCAUUUCUUAGAUUUGUACAUACCUUUUCAAUGUCUUCUUUAAAAAAGAGAGUUCUUAAAAUUUGGAAAGCAAGCAAAAUAAAAAGAAAAACUGAAUUUCAUACCUACCUUUGUGACUCUCAAGUAAAAUGCUAAUCCGUUACUUUUUUUUUUUUGGUAUUAUUUAUUGAUAGAAUGGUGGCAGCACAUACAAUAAUUUACAGAUUGAUAUGGGUUCUGCCUGAAGGUACAUACUGUCUACCUUUCUAUGAUGGUAUAAGGCAGUCUUUCUCAACCUUAGCAACUUUAAGUUAUGUGGACUUCAGCUCCCAGAAUUCUGGGAAUUGAAGGCCACACAUCUUAAAGUCGCCAAGGUUGAGAAAGACUGCCUUAUACCAUCAGUCCAGAUUUAAUGACAACACCAUGCUAAGUCUGCUCACAAGUGAGCCUUUGACCCCAGUUAAUUUUGAUGGUCCUAAUGUCAUCUGGCAAUCCAGCGUAUUCAUCCUCCAGUAAUUGCCUCCCUUACAACAGCUGGCCAGUGGUGCUUUCCCACAAAGAAGGCAAUAGCUCCUGAACAACUUUAGCAACUCUUUUACAUUAUGCUUUUUUCUUAUCUACUAUUUGUGAUUCAGCCCAGUUUCAACUCAGUUGUGAUAAAAAAUUCUCAUAAAGUGUUUAUUUGGUAGUUAUUGUAAGAGUCACAGAUGGCAUCCUAUUUUUGCCUACCUAAUUCCUUAUGCAGCUAGUAUCACAUUUAUUCAAGAUUUAAAGUAUGCCAGAGCACAGUUCAGGAUCUUAGUAUUUAGAAGACAUACACUUUUUGCAAUAAAGUUUCUUUACUAUAGUCAAACAAGAGUGGGUUGGUGCUAUCCUUUCUCUGUUAUAUGUCUUUUAAUAUCCCCGUGACAAGAAAUAUUGUCUGGACUUCCUAUUUAAAUUAAACAUUGCUGAAGUCUCAUUGGCCUGUUUUUCAUUAAAAAGAUUGCCGCCUCUAAGAGAUGCCUCAUUAGGGGGCCUUUACUGCCUUAGGGCCUACUAUAUGUCAUAUCAUCCAGCAAGGAAAAAAGCUCAAGGACAGUGUUGGCUUAACAUGCUAAAUCAGUGUUUCUCAACCUUGG